ACUGCUCUAAAAGUAGCGGGGUACUUCCGCUCUUCGCGAGUGUUUAUCAACGGUGUGCGCUUACUACUGAGAAACAUACUUAAGAUGUCGGGCAACAACGGGGAAGAGAAAGUGAAUCAUGCAUCUAACAGCAAAGGCAUCUCUCUUCCAAUGACUCGUGUGAAACUGAUAAUGAAAAGUUCUCCCGACGUCUCAAGCAUCAACCAAGAGGCUCUUCUCCUCACCACCAAAGCAACAGAACUGUUUGUUCAGCACCUAGCUCUGUCCUCAUUCAACAAUGGAUCAGGGAAAGACCAGACCCUCUUGUACAGUGAUCUGGCCAAUACUGUUGAGGAGAAAGAGACUUUUCAGUUUCUCACAGAUAUCCUACCAAAGAAGAUCUUGGUUCGGGAUUACCUGAAGCUUCUAGAAGAAAAUCCAAUUGAGGAAGCAGACAAUUGAAGCAAAACCCUUUGAAGCAACAGUGGUUGUAUUGCUAGCAUGGAUACUGAAUAUUUUUCUCCAGCUCAUUCCUGAAGUAGACCACAUUCAUACCACUUCCAUUCAAUGGCAUUGUGUAGGCCUACGUCUUGAUCUGAGAUUUACUAGAGCAUAUUAUGUUUACUACAAUCAAGUUGCCUAGUCAUCUGCAUGCUGAGCAUCCAGUUUUGGGUGAGAAAGAAUCAGUAUGUGAAAUGACUACAGAUAAAGUGUUAAAAUCAUAAUUGAAUGUUGACUAUGAUACCCCCCCCCGCCACAGCAAUAACCUGCUGCCAAAGAGAAUCUCUGUACUCCCCCAGGUUUUGAUGCCAGCUGAUGCAAAUAGUGCACAGAGAUGAGGGCUUUCAUUUGUUUUGGGCAUUAUGUUUUACAGGAGACCUUGAAGCAAAGGGUGAACAGAUCAGGUGCUUUUUUUUUUAUUAUUCUUUUUUUUUUAUAAAACAAUGUCUUCCAUACAAGCAAUUUAGUUCUCAGGUCGAAAUAAAUUUGGCUCAUUGGUUGUAUCCUUUUAUAAAGAGGAACAGCUAUUCAGUCUUUGCUAAUGGACUUUAAUUUCUUUUAUUCAUAUACCCAAUGAAAUCUGCAGAAAUAUAGACAUGCAAACUGAUUUCUUACAGUGUUUGAAUGGGGUAUGUGACUAAGGAAUAUACCGACUUUAGAUUUUUGCUGUGUUUAGUGUGAUCUAUUAUCUUUACUAAUAGGUACUUUCAGUCCUGGGUGGCUGCAGGUAGCACUUAUUUAAAUCUUCUCUUAAUUUUUUGUAACAGCUCCUCCGAUUGUAAUGUAAGUUAUGCUACAGUAGGCAUUGCCAUAUUUUUUUUGUUUUUUCAUGUGAAAUCAUCAUACAGACUUAUUACAUUUAUUGAAUCAAAGUCAAAAUAUGCUGCUGUGUGUCUGUGUGCCAUGAAACUACAAAGCAAGGUCCUGUAAUGUGCUGUCUCAAGAAUGCACUGAACUAAGUAGCCUAACUGUUCAAUUAAAACAUAACUUAAUCAUAUUCUGUUAACUCAUACCCAAAUAAAUGUUGACUCAUCCAAUACUCUUUGUGGCCAAAGCAUGACAUUGAAGGGGGAAAAAAACACCUCAAACUCAAUUGCAUACUCCUGACUUCUCGACAGCGCAUCCUCCGGAGGAUGAGCUGGCCAAUCUACUUGCACCAUUCUGUUGUUGGGGUACUUAACUUGAUAACCAUUAAAUAACCAUUUUUUUGGAAGGAAAACAAUCACUCCUAUUGUAAUUAUAGGUCAUAUUUAAUAGAAAUCAGUAAACACUGGACAGUUACUUUUGUCACGGCUCCUCCUCUGCAGUGCAGGGGGCGGUUCCUCCUGCAGGCAGAGGAGGGUCGUUAGUGAUUGGAGCCACCUGGGCUCAGGGUAUAAAACUUUACAUACACCUUACAUUAUGAUACAUCCACACCUCAUUCCUGUUUCUUAGUUUAAGUUAAUAGUUUGUUUAAUAAUAAAGAAUACUUUUAAAUUGGCCUAUA